GUCGGCACCAUUUCCGGCGGCGAGAUUCCUCAAGUCGGACGUGGUCGGACGUGCUGUGGUCGGACGUGCUGUACGACUUGCCGCAUUGCCGUCUGGUUGAAUCCAUGCGUGACAGAUCCAACCAAGUAACAAUAUGACGGACACAGACGUAGUGGUGCUGGAAGAUCCUGCCCCGAAGGAAGAACUGGCGGCGCACUUCCAAGCACCGGCAAUCCAGCAUAAUCCAGACGGCUGGGGCCCAUGUGAACUGCCGGAUCAGUUUAAGGACAUUCCUUACCAGCCAUUUUCGAAAGGAGAUAGAUUAGGCAAGAUCUCUGACUGGACUACGCCAGCUUUCCAGGACAAAAAGUUUCCAAACAAAUAUACAUCGCAGUUUGGUUCAGGCAGCCAAUAUGCCUACUAUCAUGACGAGGAUGAAACCACUUUCCACUUGGUGGACACUACCCGCGUGCAGAAGCCGCCGUAUCAACGCGGCCGCUUCCGUCACAAUCAACGUAACAUGCGCGGUCGUGGUGGUCAGCGUGGUGGAUUGAGCCAGAUGCAGCAGCUAGGAAAACUCAAGUUGCGAGAACGGGAGCGUAAGGGACAAACGAAGCGUUGGGGCAGGCAGCAGGGUCUGCGUAAUCACAAGAACCAACCACCUAUCAAGAUUCGAGAUGCUUCUGUAACUGUGCGACCUGACUGGAUAACUAUUGAGGAAAUGGACUUUCCUCGAUUGGCUAAACUCUCGUUGCCUGGCGUGAAGGACGGCGAGGAUAUCUUGUGCUGUGGCUCGCUCGAGUAUUAUGACAAGACGUACGAUCGUGUGAAUGUCAAGAGCGAGAAACCGCUGCAAAGAAUCGAUCGUAUCUUCCACACGGUCACAACUACCGACGAUCCAAUAGUUCGAAAAUUGUCGAAGACUGAGGGCAACGUAUAUGCCACCGACGCAAUCUUGGCUACCAUCAUGUGCUGUACGCGCAGCAAUUAUUCAUGGGACAUCGUCAUUGAGAAAAUUGGCGACAAGCUGUUCUUUGAUAAACGAGAUAAUACCGAGUUCGAUCUUUUGACAGUGAACGAGACUAGUGUCGAACCGCCACAGGACGACGGCAACUCGCUGAAUUCACCUAGAAAUUUGGCACUUGAGGCAACUUUUAUUAAUCACAACUUCUCGCAACAGGUACUCAAAUCAAAUGAGCCACGGUACAAGUUCGAAGAGGGCAAUCCGUUCAUUGCGGAGGAAGAGGAGAGCGAUGUUGCCAGUGUGGCUUAUCGUUAUCGCAAGUGGGAUCUCAACAACGGUAUAGUACUCGUCGCUCGAUGCGAGCACGACGCCGUAAUGCAGGGUCCGAACAACGAGAACCAGUUCCUGACGAUCAAAGCGUUGAACGAAUGGGAUUCGAAGUUGGCUAACGGAGUCGAAUGGCGUCAGAAGCUCGAUACGCAGCGUGGCGCAGUUUUGGCUAACGAAUUGCGCAAUAACGCCUGUAAACUCGCCAAAUGGACGGUUCAGGCGUUACUAGCUGGUUCAGAUCAGCUGAAAUUUGGAUACGUGUCACGCGCUAUAGUGCGAGACUCGAGCAAGCAUGUGAUUCUCGGUACUCAGCAGUACAAACCGAAUGAAUUUGCAACGCAAAUUAAUCUGAACAUGGAUAAUGCUUGGGGCAUUCUAAGAUGUAUCAUCGAUAUUUGCAUGAAACAGAAGGACGGCAAAUACUUGAUAAUGAAGGAUCCCAACAAGCCUAUGAUUCGAUUGUACGAUAUUCCUGAUAAUACUUUCGAGAGCGAGGGUGAAGAAGAUGAGGAUGACGACGAACCUGUUAACGACGCGUUUCAGAGUUAACAGCUGCGACGCUAAUUACUCUCAUAAUUAAUCGCUAAUCAUUAAUUGAUUACGCCUUUAAAAUUUUUGUGGAAACACAGGAGUAUUAUAAAGAAAAUAAAUGAGAAGAUUUCAAUACGAUA